GCCGCGACGUGGCCGGUCGAUGGCGACGCCGUGCUCGCCGCGUUCGAGGACCUGUGGAGCCACCUGAGCGCCGACUGCGUCGAUGCGGUGCGCCCGUCCAUCGGCGGCAACCGGCUCGAGGACUACCUGGAGCCCUGGACGCUGGCCCUCGCCGAACGCGCCAACGGCCUGCCCACGUCGUCGCUGGAGCACAUCUACCGCCAGUUCGCCAACCUGCCCCGCCAGUUGAACGGCUUCUUCCAGCAGUUCGACGUGCUGCUGUCCCCCGUGCUCGGCGCGCCGCCGCCGCUGCUCGGCCGCUACGGGCCGAGCGUGCCGGCCGCCACGCUGCUGACCGACAUGUUCGAGUGGAUCGCCUACACGCCGCUGCACAACGUGGCCGGCAUUCCCGCCAUCUCGCUGCCGCUGUUCCAU